AUGUCGCCACUCAACGACGCUAAGCAACACGAGCGCAUACUCACAACUCUCAACCGAGGAAUUUGGGAUCUCCGAUUCAACCCAGAGAACCGCUCGCUGGUAAUUGCAAGACUGAACGCAAUUUCCCGUCUAGCACGUAUAUGUGCACAGUUCGGGAAGGAUGAUCAUUUUACGCAGUUUUGCGAUACCCUUCAGAAGGCUUUGCCCGGCCAAAUUGGUCUGCUCAAGAGUCACAUGAACAGUGACUUUAUAGUUGCGGAUGCUCUCGAGCGAAUGAUUACAGAAUCUUCCUUAUUUCCCCGUUCUGUUGCUGUUGUCGAGAAACCAGAUGAGAAGGUUAGCCAGGAUGCUGAUGCAGAAUGUAGUGACGACGAAGGCGAGAUGGAUCCCAGCGAUGAUAACUAUAUCGCAUGGUUGCUGCUUGGCUCGAAAUGGGCUAGAGAGAUAGUUGAUGUUCCCGAGGAGCCGUGUAGGAAGGUUGAUCCCAGUGACAAGGAAAGUGAGAUAGAUCCAAGCGAUGAUGCCUAUAUCGCACGCCUGCUCCUUGGGCCGAGCUGGGCUACUCCGGUAGCUGAUUUUGCUGAGGAACCAUACGGGGGGAAGGAAGCGUUAGGUAAAUGA